AUGAUUCUCGCUUUUGGUGCGAAGAACAAAUUGAAGUUUGUCGAUGGAUCCAUGGAACUUCCAGAUGAGGAAGAUUUCAAUCGCAGUGCCUGGGAACAUUGCAAUCACCUAAUUCAGUCAUGGAUUAUCAAUUCAGUUACUCCUCAAAUUGAACAAACUCUGGUUUUCCAUGAAAACACCAUUGAUGCUUGGUUAGAUCUAAAAGAACGUUUUUCCAAGGUAGAUCACAUUCGUAUUGCUACGCUUCGUUCUAAGAUCAACAAUUUGAAGCAAGGUUCUAAGUUAGUUUUGGAUUACUUUACUGAAAUGAAAACUCUUUGGGAAGAGUUGAAUUCACACCGUCCAAUGCCACCUUGCACUUAUCCUCAUCCCUGUUGUUGUGCAGCUAUGAGAGAGGCACAUAAUUGCAGACUUAAAGAUCAAGUAAUCUAG